AUGUCUCAUGAAUACGCCUACCUCUUCAAGUACAUCAUCAUCGGCGACACAGCUGUAGGGAAAUCGUGCCUGCUCUUGGAAUUCAUCGAAAAGAAGUUUCGGCCUGUGUACGAUGCCACCAUUGGUGUUGAGUUUGGCACUCGCAUCAUCACUGUUGAGGGUAAACCGAUGAAGCUCCAGCUGUGGGACACUGCUGGAGCAGAACGUUUUCAAUCCAUCACUAGAACUUACUACAGAGGAGCAGCUGGAGCACUUCUGGUUUUCGACGUAACCAGGAGGGAGACCUUUAAUAAUCUCACGAAAUGGCUACAUGAUGCACGGGAGUAUGCCGAUCGGAACCUCACAAUCAUGCUCAUAGGGAACAAAUGUGACCUUGGUAGUAAAAGGGUUGUCCAGACUGAGGAAGGCGAGCAAUUCGCAGAGCAGAAUGGACUUUUAUACUUGGAAACAUCUACAAGAACUGGUGGUAACGUUGAGGAGGCUUUCACGAAAACUACUGAAAAGAUUCUUCAAAAUAUAAAUGAAGGCACGAUCGAUAUGUCGACUGGGGCACCUGGAAUCAAGAUUGGAUAUGGACUACCACCCCCAGGUGCAGCAGGUGAUGUUGCUCAAAGGGGAGGAUGUUGCAGCUAA